AUGGAAGCAAAUCCCUUCUACUUCUUUCUGUUCCUCCUAAUAUUCGCAAGCGCGAUGAUGAUAUCUAGUGCGAACACUCAAUACCACGAUUUUGUAAUUCAAGCAACACCGGUGAAGAGACUUUGCAAAACACACAGAACUAUUACUGUGAAUGGGAUGUACCCUGGACCAACAUUGGAAGUGAAUAAUGGUGACACCCUAGUGAUCAAUGUUGUUAAUAGAGCUCAAUACAAUGCCACCAUUCACUGGCAUGGUGUACGACAAAUAAGAACUGGAUGGGCUGAUGGACCAGAAUUUGUGACGCAAUGCCCUAUUAGACCAGGAGGAAGUUACACUUACCGAUUUACAAUUCAAGGACAGGAAGGGACACUUUGGUGGCAUGCCCACAGCUCGUGGCUCAGAGCCACUGUGUACGGGGCUCUCAUAAUUCAUCCCAAGGAGGGAGAUUCUUAUCCUUUUCCCAAGCCAAAACACGAAUUUCCCCUUCUUCUUGGUGAAUGGUGGGAUGCAAAUCCAAUUGAUGUUAUUAGGCAAGCCACAAGAACAGGAGCUGCUCCUAAUGUUUCUGAUGCCUACACCAUCAAUGGUCAACCGGGAGAUCUAUACAAUUGUUCCAGCAAAGAUACAAUCAUAGUUCCUGUGGACUCUGGCGACACCAAUCUCCUCAGAGUCGUCAAUUCUGGGCUUAAUCAACAGCUUUUCUUCAGUGUUGCCAACCACAAGCUCACGGUUGUCGGAGCAGAUGCCUCCUAUGUCCAGCCGUUCACCACCUCGGUCCUCAUGCUUGGACCAGGCCAGACCACUGAUGUUCUGAUCACAGCAGAUCAGCUACCAAGCCGAUACUACAUAGCUGCACGUGCAUAUGCCAGUGCUCCUGGUGCACCUUUUGAUAACACUACCACCACAGCCAUCCUCGAAUACAAAUCUGCCCCUUGUCCUGCCAAAGGUGUUCCGGGAAAACCAGUAAUGCCAAUUCUGCCAGCAUUCAAUGACACAGCCACUGCCACUGCCUUCUCUAAAAGCUUCAGAAGCUCAAGAAAAGUUUUAGUACCCACUGAAAUUGAUGAGAAUUUGUUCUUCACGGUUGGUCUAGGACUCAACAACUGCCCUAUAGGUUCCAGUUCUGCAAACUGUCAGGGUCCAAAUGGAACUCGAUUCACCGCCAGUAUGAACAACGAAUCUUUUGUGCUCCCCUCCACCUUUUCCUUGCUGCAAGCACAUCAGCAAGGUAUACCUGGCGUUUUCACAACUGAUUUUCCAGCAACUCCUCCAGUGAAAUUCGAUUAUACGGGUAAUGUGAGUCGGUCACUAUGGCAACCAGUUCCCGGGACUAAGUUGUACAAGUUGAUGUAUGGGGCGAGAGUACAAUUGGUGCUGCAGGGAACAAGCAUCUUCACGACUGAGAACCAUCCAAUUCAUCUUCAUGGAUAUGAUUUCUAUAUCAUUGCUGAGGGCUUUGGAAAUUUUGACCCAAAAAAUGAUGCAGGCAAAUUCAACCUUGUAGAUCCACCUCAACGUAAUACUGCAAGCGUACCUGUUGGUGGAUGGUCCGUGAUCAGAUUUAUAGCUGAUAAUCCAGGGGUCUGGUUGAUGCACUGUCACUUGGAUGUCCAUAUCACUUGGGGUUUAGCAAUGGCUUUCCUAGUGGAAAAUGGAGUAGGGGAAUUGGAAACCUUAGAGCCUCCUCCUGCAGAUCUUCCCCUUUGUUAA